CCCACCGUCGUUUGGAUGGCAAACCGCGACCAACCGGUAAACGGUAAGCGCUCAACACUCUCCCUUCUUAAAACCGGUAAUCUUCUUCUAGAAGAUGCCGGUGAAUUCGUCGUUUGGUCCACGCAAACUUCUUCACCCUCAUCCGUGGAGUUGGUUCUUAGCAACACUGGUAACCUUGUUCUACGAGAGACGGGAACUAGCAGAAGCGUCACUUUGUGGCAGAGUUUUGAUUUCCCAACAGAUACUCUUCUUCCUCAACAACAACUCACCAGGUUUACAAAGCUCAUCUCGUCAAGAAGUGAUAGUAACCAUUCCUCAGGUUUUUAUAAUAUGUUUUUUGACAACGACAAUGUUAUUAGCCUUCUUUAUAAUGGCCCUGAAAUUUCUAGUAUUUAUUGGCCGGCUCCUUGGUUGGUGAGCUGGGAAGCAGGAAGGAGUACUUACAAUGCAAGUAGGAUUGCAGUGCUUGAUUCUUUUGGAAAUUUCAGUUCAUCAGAUAAUCUUGGUUUCACAACAUCUGAUUAUGGUUCUGUACUUCAAAGAAGAUUAACCCUUGAUUAUGAUGGCAAUGUCCGAGUCUACAGCCGAAAAAAUGGGACAGAGGAGUGGUAUGUGUCUUGGCAAGCCAUAUCAAAUCCUUGUACAAUUCAUGGCAUAUGUGGUGCUAACAGCACGUGUGCCUAUGAUCCUGCAGGUUCCGGAAGGAAAUGUUCUUGCCUUCCAGGUUAUAAACCCACGAAUGGUAGUGAUUGGUCUCAGGGAUGUGAACCCAUAUACAAUUCUCCUUGCAACAAAAGUGAUACUGGGUCUUACUUUCUUCGCGUGCCCAAUUCUGAUUUCUAUGGUUAUGAUUCUGGAUUUUUCCCAAAUUACACUUUUCACGAAUGCUUGAAGCUUUGUCUGCAAUCCUGCAACUGCCUAGGCAUCCAGUAUAAAUUUAAUACCAGCGGCGGACAUUUUAAUUGUUACCCAAAAACUAUGUUAUUAAAUGGGUAUCGUUCACCAGAUUUCCUUGGAGAUAUCUACUUGAAAGUGCCUGCAGGUUUCCUACAGUUCACUCUGCCUGAAGCAUUGUUUGAAGAAUCAAAUAAUACCCUUUGUGAUUCCAGCGGAACAAUAUUGCUAGAUAGAACGUAUAGAACAAGCUACGAAGAUGGAAAACUGAGGCUCCUGCUAUGGUUUGCUAGCGCUUCAGGAGUGCUGGAGAUGAUGUGUAUCCUUUUGGUUUGUUGUUUCUUGGUAAGAACUGGAGGACAGUCUGAUGCAUACGCACAAGGGUACCUUCCCGUAGGCACUGGGUUUAGAAAAUAUGGUUACUCUGAGCUGAAAAAGGCAUCUAGAGGUUUUAGCGAGGAGAUUGGAAGAGGCGCUGCAGGGAUUGUGUACAAAGGUGAAUUGUCAGAUCUUCGAGUUGUGGCAAUAAAGAGACUUAGAGAAGCUUAUCAAGGAGAGGAUGAAUUUCUUGAUGAAAUAAGCAUCAUUGGAAGGCUUAAUCACAUGAACUUGAUCAAAAUGUGGGGAUAUUGCGCGGAGGGCAAGCACAGGCUAUUGGUAUAUGAGUACGUGGAGAAGGGUUCAUUGGCUGAAAACCUUGUGUCCAGUGCCCUGGAUUUCAAUAGAAGGUUUAGCAUUGCAUUGGGUAUGGCAAGAGGUCUAGCCUAUUUGCAUGAAGAAUGCUUGGAGUGGAUUUUGCACUGUGAUGUAAAGCCUCAAAACAUACUUCUGGAUUCUAGUUAUAAACCUAAGGUAGCAGAUUUUGGCCUUUCCAAGCUACUAAACAGAAAUGACCCUGACAAUUCAAAUUUCUCACGCAUAAGAGGCACCAGAGGUUACAUGGCUCCUGAGUGGGUUUUUAAUUUGUCAAUCACCUCCAAAGUAGAUGUCUAUAGCUACGGAAUUGUGGUCCUUGAGAUGCUGACUGGAAAGAGCCCCACAAUGGGAGUUCAAGGAGUUGAUGGUACAGAAGCGAAGCAGCACUGGCGGCUGGUUAUAUGGGUGAGAGAGAAAAGGGCUAAUGCAUCCUCAAAGGCCUCGUGGUUGAAGCAGAUAGUACACCCUUUUAUAGGAUGGAAAUUUAACUCGGAUAGAUUGGAAAUUUUAGUUGAAGUCGCUUUACAAUGUGUAGAAGAAGAUAAAGAUGCAAGGCCAACCAUGAGGCAAGUUGUGGAGAUGCUACAAAGGCAUGAAAAUGAUUGA